AUGCGAGCGCGAUCUGUGGGGAAUUGGGGGGAAGCGGCGGCUUGCGCGGGCGCGGAAGGGGACGGGCGGACGGCUGUGGUGCUGCUGGGGUGGCUCGGCGCGCAGCAGCGGCACAUGCGGCAGUAUGCCACGUGGUACAACGCGAGGGGUAUCGAUGCGAUCGGGUUCGUCAUUCCGUUCACCGACAUAUUCAGCGUCAGGCUUGGCGAAAAGGCGGAGCUGCAUGUCGACGAUCUGGUCACGGAGCUUGAGAGAUGGCUCCUCGAGGGCGCGAAUCGCGGAGGGACGCACGGCGCGAUUCACGGCGGGCUGGGCGGCGGCGGGCGCCGCACGCUGCUGUUCCACACGUUUAGCAACACGGGAUGGAUCGCAUACGGCGCGGCGCUGCUGCGAUUGCAGCGGAAGCUGGAUACCAGUAGUUCCCUUUUCGCCCUUCGAUCGUUUGCCUCGCCCGUGGUACCCUUUUCUCCACUCUUCCAUCCCCCAUCACGUCUUUCCCUCUCGCCCUCCCCUCUUCCCCCCUCCCCCUCCCCUCCUGUGCCGUUCCCCUCCCUGUUCCGGUGUGGGCGAGCGGGAUUCUCAGCGGCCAUUCUGCAGAAGCGCAGUGCUGCAACGCGCAUGGGCUCCCUUGUCAUUGACUCGGUCGUCGGCUGCUCCCAGCUCAAACCCGCCCUGACUCCCCUGCUCCCCUCCCUUCCCCACCGUCUGUGCCCCCAACCCCAAGGUGUGGGCGAGCGGAUUCUCAGCGGCCAUUCUACAGAAGCGCAGUGCAGCAACGCGCAUGGGCUCCCUUGUCAUUGA